AGUGCAAUCAAGGGUUUCCAACACCGCAGCUUGAGACCUGUAACUUCUGGAUCAGUUAGUGAACUCAAACAAGUGCCCACAGAGUCCCAUCUAAUUUUCACUGCGGAAACGCAUAAUUUUCCAACAGGCGUGGCUCCAUUCAGUGGAGCAACCACAGGAACAGGAGGUAGAAUUAGAGAUGUUCAGAGUGUUGGCAGGGGUGGUUAUUGUAUUGCUGGAACUGCCGGUUAUUCUGUAGGAAAUCUUCAAAUACCAGGUUACGAUUUACCAUGGGAAGAUAAAUCCUUCACCUACCCAUCGAAUUUCGCUCCGCCCCUUGAAAUUCUCGUAGAAGCCAGUAACGGUGCUUCGGACUACGGUAACAAAUUCGGCGAACCGCUUUUGUGCGGUUUCGUCCGAACAUUCGGUUUAAACGAUGCCUCGGGCGAGAGAAAAGAAUGGAUCAAACCGAUCAUGUUCAGCGGAGGAAUUGGUAGCAUGGAAGCGGACAUGACAGAAAAAUUGAAACCCGAACCUGGACAUCAAAUAAUUAAAAUUGGGGGACCGGUAUACAGGAUAGGAGUCGGAGGAGGUUCUGCUAGUUCUGUAGAAGUACAGGGAGACAAUAAGGAGGAAUUGGAUUUCAAUGCCGUUCAAAGAGGCGACGCUGAAAUGGAAAAUAAACUCAACAGAGUGGUACGCGCCUGCUUAGAACUCGGUCCCAAGAACCCUAUCGUUAGCAUCCAUGAUCAAGGAGCCGGAGGCAACGGCAACGUUUUAAAAGAAUUAGUUGAACCAGUCGGAGGAGUAAUCUACGCCGACCGAUUCGAACUCGGCGAUCCGACCAUCAACGUUUUGGAAUUAUGGGGCGCAGAGUAUCAAGAAAAUAACGCUCUUUUGUGUAAAAAGAAAGACGUGGAUCUAUUAAAAAGUAUUUGCAAGCGAGAAAGGUGUCCCGUCAAUUUUGUGGGAGAAGUUACCGGUACUGGAAAAGUCGUUUUGGCUUUGGAUGAAAGUAUGAAAGUUACUCCGUUUAAUUUGGAACUGGAUCAUGUAUUGGGUAAAAUGCCUCAAAAGGUAUUCAAACUGGAACGAAAAUCCACACUCUACAAACCAAUUGAGUUACCGAAAGCUCUAUCGAUCUAUCAAUCUCUGGAAAGGGUAUUGAGGUUGCCCUCAGUUGGUAGCAAAAGGUACCUUACCAAUAAAGUGGAUCGUUGUGUUACAGGCUUGGUUGCUCAACAGCAAUGCGUUGGACCGUUACAUACUCCAUUAGCUGAUGUAGCUGUCACUGCUAUCUCUCAUUUUGGAUAUGAAGGUAUUGCAUCGUCGAUAGGCGAACAACCCAUCAAAGGAUUAGUAAACACGGCAGCCGGAGCUCGAAUGACGGUAGCAGAAGCUCUAAGCAAUUUAGUUUUUGCCGGUAUCACUGAAUUGCGAGACGUCAAAUGCAGCGGUAACUGGAUGUGGGCGGCCAAAUUGCCUGGCGAAGGUGCGGCGCUAUUCGACGCUUGCAAAGCCAUGUGCGAUUUGAUGUCGCAAUUGGGCAUCGCUAUAGAUGGCGGUAAAGACUCUCUUAGUAUGGCAGCUAGAGUUGGAAAAGAUACCAUCAAGGCUCCUGGUACUUUGGUGGUGUCUACGUAUGCACCUUGUCCGGAUGUUAGAAGAGUUGUUACACCAAAUUUCAAAGCGCCAUCUAUGGGCAAACAAGGAAUCAUUCUUUUUGUCGAUCUCUCGCUCGGAGACAGUCGUUUAGGCGGUUCCGCACUUGCACAAACAUUCGGUCAACUUGGAGAAGAAUCUCCCGAUGUACAUAACGCCACCGAUUUGAUUAAUGCUUUUAAUGCCACCCAGCAGCUAGUCAAAGACGGAUCUAUAUUGGCGGGGCACGACGUAAGCGAUGGAGGAUUGAUCGUGUGCCUUUUGGAGAUGUGUUUCGCCGGUAUAUGCGGUAUGGAGGUUGAAGUACAACAUAGACAAGGAAAACCGUUGAAUAUCUUGUUUGCCGAGGAAGUUGGUUGGGUUUUGGAGGUAAUCGAAGGAGAUGUUGGGCAUUGUAUGGAGGUGUUCAAGAGCCAUAAUGUACCGGUAUUUACAAUAGGAAAAACUGUAGGAUAUGGUGUAAAGUCCAAAUUUGGAGUAAUUGUAAAUAAUGCCUGUCUCGAAAGCUCGGUACUGCCUCUAAUGAAGAUGUGGGAAGAAACCAGUUAUAGAUUGGAACUUCACCAGACAAUCAAAUCGUGUGCCGAUUCGGAAUUCCAAAGUCUUCAAAAUCGAACCGGUCCCAAGUACGUUUUGACCUUCGAUCCCGAUGACGAUAAACAUAUCAAAGACGAGCUCGUACCGGUCGCUGUGAUAAGAGAAGAAGGUACGAACGGAGAUAGAGAAAUGGCCGCUGCCUUGAUAAGAGCCGGAUUCAAGGUGUGGGACAUUACGAUGCAAGAUUUGGUCACCGGAGUAGCGACUUUGGAUAGAUUUAGGGGUGUCAUUUUCCCUGGAGGGUUCAGUUAUGCUGACGUAUUGGGUUCAGCUAAAGGAUGGGCAGCCAGUAUUAUAUUCAACGAUCAAAUUCGAGAACAAUUCAACAAAUUUUUCUCGCGCCGCGAUACUUUCAGUUUCGGAACGUGCAACGGAUGUCAAUUGAUGGCUCUAAUUGGUUGGAUAGGCUCUCCAAUCACGCAAGGUCAGAAACCGGACAUUAUGUUGGAACACAACCUUUCCGAACGAUUUGAAUGCAGAUGGAGUACUAUCAAAAUCGAAAAUUCCAAGGCUAUUAUGUUGAAGGAUAUGGAAGGGUCUAUCUUUGGUGUUUGGUGCUCUCACGGAGAAGGUCGAUUCGUCUUCAAAGACGAUACUAUUUACUCUCAACUGGUCGACGACAAUCUUGUAGCGCUACGCUACACAGACGAUAACGGCGAACCAACGGAAACGUACCCUAUGAAUCCCAACGGCAGCAUCGAAGGCUUAGCCGGCGUAUGUUCAUCCGAUGGUAGACACUUAGCGAUGAUGCCGCAUCCGGAACGGUGCGUCCAACCGUUCCAAUGCGCGUAUUUACCGCAAAGUUGGAUCCAUUUCAAGAAGAGUCCGUGGGAAAAGAUGUUUAGGAACGCCUACGAAUGGUGCAGGAAAAACAAAUUCGAUAAUGUCUACUAUUGA